GCCCUCGCUCGGCCCAUGCUGCUGCAUCCAUCACCCAAGGCAACAUCCAAACAAGACUUGAACCAGAGCAUAGACUGAUAGACGAACAUGGCCGCUGGGGCGACAGCCGAGCAAGAAGCCGGCCAUGGCGGCGGCGGUGACGGCAGUGCUGAAUGGAGGGUCGACGUGCCGGCGGCCGGCGAGCACGGUAGCGUCAAGGGCGGGCGGUCGUGGUCGUGGCUCUUUUUGUGGAUGGCCGCGCCGAGGGACAGGGUGGUCGGGUUCGGCAGGAUGGUGUGGAAGGUCGGCGCGGACGACCCGAGGAGGGUGGUGCACGGGCUCAAGGUGGCCCUCGCGCUCGCUCUCUGCUCCGUCUUCUACUACGUCCACCCUCUCUAUGACUUCACCGGCGGCAACGCCAUGUGGGCCGUGCUCACCGUUGUCGUCGUCUUCGAGUACACCGUCGGUGCUUGCUUGUACAAAGGCCUCAACAGGGCCAUGGCGACGGUGGCCGGCGGCGCGCUGGCCCUCGGCGUGCACUGGGUCGCUAGCCAGUCCGGCAAGGAGUUCCAGCCUUAUGUCCUCACCGGCUCCAUGUUUAUCAUGGCUGCGGUGGCGACCUUCUCCCGGUUCAUCCCGACGAUGAAGGCCAAGUUCGACUACGGCGUCACCGUCUUCAUCCUCACCUACUGCCUCGUCUCCGUGUCGGGGUACCGCGCCGACGAGGUGGUGUACAUGGCGCAGCAGCGCCUCACCACCAUCGCCAUCGGCGCCUUCAUCUGCUUCGCCGUCUGCACCUUCGUCUUCCCGGUCUGGGCGGGGCAGGAGCUCCACGUCCUCGUCGCGCGCAACAUGGACAAGCUCGCCGCCUCCGCCGAGGGCUGCGUCGAGGACUACUUCUCUGACGCCACCGCCGGGGAGAAGCCGGCGAGGCGUGCGCUCUCCGCUAAGUCACAGGGGUACAAGCAAGUGCUGAACGCCAAGGCGUCCGAGGACUCCCUGGCCAACCUGGCGAAAUGGGAGCCCGGCCACGGCAAGUUCGGAUUCCGGCACCCGUAUGGCCAGUACCAGAAGGUCGGCGCCGCCAUGCGCUGCUGCGCCUACUGCAUCGACGCCCUCGCCGCCAGCGUCGGCUCCGAGGCCCAGACGCCGGCAGACAUCAAGAAGCACCUCGCCGGCAGCUGCCUCGCCCUGAGCCGACACUUGGCCACCGUGCUCCGCGAGGCGUCGGGCUCUGUCACGUCGAUGACGCGGUCCGACCGCCUCGGGCUCGUCGUGGCGGACAUGAACGGCACCGCCCAGGAGCUGAGGGACAAGCUGAGGUGCCUGGCCACGGUGCUGGAACAAGGAGAGGACGAAACACCAGAGGCAGAGCACGAGCUGAACGCCGUAACGGAGCUAGCCACGCCACCGCUCAUCGAGGCGCUGCCGCUGUUCAGCGCCGCCUCCAUGCUCCUGGAGGUCUGCGCGAGGGCGGAGCUGGUCAUCGGCGCCGUCGAAACCCUGGCCACGACGGCGAGGUUCAAAAAAGCCGACCACGACGAGAAGGCGGCGCUGGACACCGAGGCGCCCGUGCCGGCCGCCUCAACGAGCAACCCGGUCGACGCCCACGUAUCGCAGGAGAUACACGUCAAGCUCGCCGGUCAUCAGGAGAGGACGGAGACGGCCCAUAAGGCGCCGCGGGACCAGGUCGGGGAGCUGAUCAAGGUGCUGAUGCGCCGGGGCAGCACCAAGAAGUGGGCGCGGGGGGACACCAAGGUGAGCCCGAAGCCGCCGCAGGACUUCACGGUGGCCGUGCCCAGCCCGCGGAACCGCGCGAUGGAACUCGCGGGGCACGGGCCGGUGGUGCCCAGCCCCAGGAACCGGCCGGCGGAGCUCGCGGGGCACGCGCCGGCGGUGCCCACCCCGAGGAACCGCGUGGUGGAGCUCGGCGGGCACGCGCCGGUGGCGCCCAGCCCCCGGAACCUCGCGAGCCAUGGAGGCGUCGUGCCCAGCCCAAGGAACCGCUCUACGGACUUCGCAGCGCACGCCCCCAGCCCACGGAACCGCUCCAUACUUGGGAUGGCCUGAGCGUGAAGAAUGUGUGUGUAAUCAGUAAUCAGGCCGCGCGAAGCUUUGGAUCCUUGAUUAGUCGUCACAAGAAACUUCAUACAGGAGUACAAAACAAGCAGCAUUCGAAGUCAUCGCCGGGAAUGAACAUACUAAAGAAUACCAAGCCCCAAGGCUUUGCUUUUUCUUUUUCUUUUUUUACUUUUCUUUUAGCGCUGGUGAGAAAAUGAGGCUUAUAUCUGGA